AACUGUCUAGCCUCCCUCCUUAAUUUUGUUAGUUUUCAGCUCAUCUACCUUACCAUACUAUACCCACACUCCUCUCUCUCCCCCUCCCUCUUACCAUAAAUCCAAUCUUACACUCUCUUUAUUUUCCUCAUAAAUAAUUAAACCCCUCUCUCUUUUUUCUCCUCACAACUCAACUAUUACCAUUUUCUUCUUCAUCUUCCUCCUUCUACCCUCAACAUGGAUUGCUGCAUAAUCAGCAAGCUCAAAUCCGAACCUCUCUGGUUCCUCCUCCUCUUCUCACUCGGUCUCUUCAUCAUUCUCAGAUUCACUCUAAUAUUCCUCAACUGGGUCUAUGUCAAUUUUCUCAGACAACCCAAAAACCUCAAAAAGUACGGAUCUUGGGCACUCGUUACCGGACCCACAGACGGCAUUGGAAAAAGCUUCGCCUUUGAGCUCGCUCGCAAAGGCUUGAACCUAAUCCUCGUCGGUCGCAACCCCGACAAACUCAAAGACGUUUCGGAUUCUAUCAGAGCCAAGUUCGGGAAAACCGAGGUUAAAACCGUUGUCGUUGAUUUUACAGGUGAUCUCGAUGAGGGUGUGGAUAGAAUCCGUGAAACGAUUGAGGGGUUGGAUGUUGGGGUGUUGGUUAACAACGUGGGGAUUUCUUACCCUUAUGCGAGAUUCUUCCAUGAAUUGGAUGAGGAGCUUCUGAAGAAUUUGAUUAAGGUGAAUGUUGUGGGAACUACUAAGGUUACACAUGCUGUUUUACCUGGGAUGUUGAAGAGGAAGAAGGGGGCGAUUGUUAAUAUUGGGUCGGGUGCUGCUAUUGUUAUUCCUUCUGAUCCACUUUACGCUGUUUAUGCUGCCACUAAAGCGUACAUUGAUCAAUUUUCUAGAUGUCUCUAUGUUGAAUACAAGAAGAGUGGGAUUGAUGUGCAGUGUCAGGUUCCAUUAUAUGUGGCAACAAAGAUGGCGUCAAUCAAGAGAUCUUCCUUCUUUGUUCCAUCAACAGACGGCUACGCAAGAGCAGGUGUGAAAUGGAUAGGAUACGAACCUCGUUGCACACCAUAUUGGCCACAUACCCUUCUCUGGGCUGUGGCAUGUUCGUUGCCGGAGUAUGUAGUUGAUACUUGGCGCCUCGGGUUUUGUAUGGGUAUUAGAAAGAGGGGGCAGCUCAAAGACUCGAGGAAGCAGGAAUAAAAAAAGGAUGCUUGUUUGUUUGUACUCUUUAGGCAUAGAUGUUGUUGCUGAUAACUGCAGAAUGGUGCUAGUAGGUUAAGAUUCCAAGUUGUUUCAUGUGUUUCUAGUUUUACCCUUAAUGUUGUUGGUCUUAAUGUGUAUGAAUUGUGUGACUUAUUCUUUUUCUUCCCA